AUGGGGGUACCUUUAUUUGGGGAUAGCAAGCCCUUCUAUUUCCGGAUCUGGAAUGGACUAAGCCAGAAGUUGCAAGGCAAAAAAUCCUGGGAUAAACGUCUGGAUGAAAUCUACUUACUCCAGCAGAAAAGGAUCUGGGAAUCCCCACUCCUCCAGGCUGCCAAAGAGAACAACCUCCCAGCCAUUAGGAAACUUCUUACUGAUGGAACAUGUGAUAUCUAUCAGAGAGGUGCAGUGGGGGAGACCGCCCUUCAUGUAGCUGCCUUGUAUGAUAACGUGGAGGCAGCAGUGACUCUGAUGGAAGCAGCUCCUGAGCUUGUCAAUGAGAGGAUGACAUCAGAGCUUUAUGAAGGGCAGACAGCUCUCCACAUUGCAGCCGUGAACCAGAACAUCACUUUGGUGAAGGCUUUACUCAAGAGAGGGGCCAAUGUCUGCACAGCACAGGCCACUGGGCACUUCUUCAGGCGCAGCUCACAGAACCUUCUCUAUUUCGGAGAGCAUGCUCUGUCAUUUGCUGCUUGUGUGGGAAAUGAAGAAAUUGUACAGUUGCUCAUUGAAAAUGGAGCUGACAUUGGAGCUCAAGAUUAUCUGGGUAACACUGUUCUUCACAUCCUGGUUCUCCAGCCUAAUAAGAUGUUUGCCUGCCACAUGUACAGCCUGAUACUUUCCUAUGACAAAAACAAAGAGGGACCGGGAUCACUUGAACUGAUUCCUAACAAUGAGGGGCUUACUCCAUUCAAACUGGCUGGAGUUGAGGGCAACACUGUGAUGUUUCAAUACCUUAUGCAGAAGCGCAAGCACAACCUCUGGUCCUUUGGCCCCUUGUCCACUGUGCUCUAUGAUCUCACAGAAAUUGACUCCUGGGCUGAAGAUCAAUCCUUCCUUGAGCUCAUUGUCUCAACCAAGAAGAGAGAGGCACGCCAGAUCUUGGACCUAACACCUGUGAAGGAGCUGGUGAGCCUGAAGUGGAAUAUGUAUGGUCGUCCCUAUUUCUGUUUCCUGGCGUUAUUCUAUGUACUCUACAUGGUCUGCUUCACUAUGUGCUGCGUCUACCGACCUCUGAAACCCCGAACAGGCAACAAAACAAGCAGCAGAGACAAUACAAUCUAUGUCCAGAAAAUGCUGCAGGAAUCAUAUAUGACCUAUGAGGAUGAGCUGAGGCUGGUGGGGGAGCUGAUCACAGUCAUUGGAGCUGUAGUAAUUUUGAUCCUUGAG